GUGCUCCCAACCCCAAGAACUCAAAAGGCUUUUUUGACCAUGAGCACACAAGGCAUGCCCAGGGCAGAAGCCGGCUCUGUGAUGCUGCUUGUGCUUGCUCUGAGGGCUUUAUCUCGGUUCCUCACCAUGAAGACCAAAUCAUCCCCAUUUUACAGGGAGAAAUCUGACACCCAGGGUCACCUACACGAGAGGCUGGGUAGGAAGGACAGGCCUGAAGCUACACAGGUUGGAAGAGAAAGGUCUUCCCAGGCCAAGGCCAAAUGUAGGUGGGGACUGCUCUCUGCCAAGACAGCCAGCUGGACAGGAAGAGGAUGCACAUUGGGCAUGGUCCUCUUGGCACUCCCCACAAGGUCAGGGUCCACUUGGGACUAGCCAGAGAGCAAGGCUGCAGGUGCAUUGUGUGUGUGGUGCCCACGUGUGCACUCUGGGCCCCUUGCCAUGCAACAGUGAAGAGGCACUGGCCGGCUCCACCUCCCAUAAGUCUGUGCUGGGCCCAGUGGAGCCCAGUCUCCCCCAGCUCCUCCCAGUGCUCCUCCCAAGGGCUUCGCAGACUCGGGCUGAGAAGAGGCCCAGGGUGCCUACAGCUGUUUCAGCCCAUUUGGUUAUGACUUUUCCUCCCUCAUUUGCAUGAAUCUGUCCCCAGAGGGGGUACCUACAUAUCAGUCAAGGUGAGAGUACCUGGGCCAGGAGUUAGCUGAGUGGGGCAUAGUAGGAAUAGGGUUCUCACAGCUUGCAGGGAACAGGCCAGAUCCUCAAGGGAUCCGUCCUGCUCCUGGACAGCCUCCACCCCAAGACCCAUUUCACACCCCAGUGGUAUGGCAGAGGACUGGCCGUCUCCCAGCUGGUCUGUAGGCCUGGCAAGGCCAUCCCUGCAGCCUCCUAACUACGGACAGUGCUGCUUGAAUUGGAAGCCAGGACUCCCAGAGCUAGAGAGAACCCCCCAGGAUAUGGCACCUCUUGCCUCUCUCCCAGUCACUUGAGACCCCAGGGCCCUAGACACCUCCUCUCUUCUAGUCUGGCAGGUGGCUCCAGGAAUGGGGGUGAUGAGGGUCUUGGUAUAAGCAGGAUACAGGCCUCGGCUGCCUGCCAGGUCACCAUUGGCCAGAGAGCCCAGUGGUGAUGUCWCGGUAAGUUCAGGAGCACAAACCUUCAAGGCCUGGAUCACGGCAUUCCUGGGGGGCCCUGGAGGAUUGGCAGGUGGGCGUGGUGCUGGUUUUGCUAAACAAAUCAAACAAAUCUUUUACCUCCCCCUGGGCUUUACAUCUGGGGCUCCUGUCUGGCACACCCAUUUGUCCUUGCUGGAAGUAACUGCCUACCAUGCCAGGCCUGGCUGUGCUAGGCCUCCUCCUGGCAGCUCUCCUGGGCCUGGGGACAGGGACCUCCUUGUGCCUGUCACGGCAACUCAGGAUGGAAGGAGACUACAUGCUGGGUGGGCUUUUUCCCCUGGGCUCAGAUGAGGAGGCCGGCCUCCGCCACAGGACACGGCCCAGCGGCAUUGUGUGCACCAGGUUCUCAUCCCUUGGCCUGUUCCUGGCGAUGGCCGUGAAGAUGGCUGUGGAGGAGAUCAACAACAGUUCUACCCUGCUGCCCGGGCUGCACCUGGGCUAUGACCUCUUCGACACAUGCUCAGAGCCCAUGGUCACUAUGAAGCCCAGCCUCAUGUUCCUGGCAGAGGCAGGCAAUAGCAGCAUUGCUGCCUACUGCAACUACACGCAGUACCAGCCCCGCGUGCUGGCAGUCAUCGGGCCCCAUUCGUCAGAGCUGGCCCUCAUCACGGGCAAGUUCUUCAGCUUCUUCCUCAUGCCACAGGUCAGUUACGGGGCCAGCAUGGACCGACUGAGCAACCGAGACGCGUUCCCGUCCUUCUUCCGCACGGUGCCCAGUGACCGGGUGCAGCUGGAGGCCGUAGUCAAGCUGCUGCAGAAAUUUGAGUGGAACUGGGUGGCUGCCUUGGGCAGUGACGAUGAGUAUGGCCGGGAGGGCCUGAGCAUCUUCUCAGGCUUGGCCAACGCACAGAACAUCUGCAUUGCACACGAGGGCCUGGUGCCACCCCUUGGCGCUGACACCCUGAAGCUGGAUAAGGUGCUGGACGUGCUGCGCCAGGUGAACCAGAGCAAUGUGCAGGUGGUGGUGCUGUUUGCUUCCGCCCGGGCUGCCCACGCCCUUUUGCUCUACAGUAUCCACCACAACCUCUCGCCAAAGGUGUGGGUGGCCAGUGAGGCCUGGCUGACCUCAGACUUGGUCAUGACACUGCCUGGCAUUGCCCGGGUGGGCACUGUGCUUGGCUUUCUGCAGCAGGGUGUCCAGCUACCCGAAUUCUCCCAGUAUGUGGAGAUGCAACUAGCGUUGGCCUCUGACCCAGCCUUCUGUGCCUCUCUGGAUGAUAAAGCAGACCUGGAGGAGCACGUGGUAGGGCCACGCUGCCCCCAGUGUGACCACAUUACCCUGCGGAACCUGUCGACAGGGCUGCUGCAGAACCUGUCGGCUGGGCAGCUGCACCACCAGAUUUUCACCACCUAUGCAGCUGUGUACAGUGUGGCUCAGGCCCUCCACAACACGCUGCAGUGCAGCCCCACGAGCUGCCCUGCACGAGAGCCUGUGCGACCCUGGCAGCUCCUGGAGAACAUGUACAACAUGAGCUUCCGUGCUCGAGGCCUGGCACUGCAGUUCGACUCCCAGGGGAACGUGGACAUGGAGUACGACCUGAAGAUGUGGGUGUGGCAGAAGCCGACACCCAGGCUGCACACUGUGGGCACCUUCAAUGGCAGCCUUUGGCUCCAGCCCUCACAGAUGCACUGGCACAUGCCAGGCAACCAGGUGAGCACGAAGCACCCGGGUCCCCACCACAGUGGUGCCCCAGGGCCAGGCCGGUCUCGGGAACGGGGAAUCUCUGGGUCUCAAGGUGCCCGUGGGUGGAGCCAGACACUGCAUCCCCACACCCAGGUGCCUGCAUCCCAGUGCUCUCGGCAGUGUGAAGAGGGCCAAGUCCGCCGCGUGAAGGGCUUCCACUCCUGCUGCUACGACUGCGUGGACUGCAAGGCAGGCAACUACCGGCAGAGCCCAGAUGACUUCGUCUGCACCCCAUGUGGCCAGGACCAGUGGUCCCCAGAGCGGAGUACGCGCUGUUUUCCCCGCAGGCCCAGAUUCCUGGCAUGGGGGGAGCCAACUGUGCUCCUGCUGCUCCUGCUGCUCAGCCUGGUGCUGGGCCUGACACUGGCUGCUCUAGGUCUCUUUGUCUGCCACUGGGACAGCCCACUGGUUCAGGCCUCAGGUGGGCCACUGGCCUGUUUUGGCCUGGCUUGCCUGGGACUCGUCUGCCUCAGUGUCCUCCUGUUUCCAGGCCGGCCAGGCCCAGCCAGCUGCCUUGCCCAGCAGCCACUGGCACAGCUCCCACUCACUGGCUGCCUGAGCACACUCUUCCUAAAGGCAGCAGAGACCUUUGUGGAAUCAGAACUGCCACCAAAUUGGGCGACCCGGCUGCAUGGCUGCCUGCGGGGUCCCUGGGCCUGGCUGGUGGUGCUUCUGGCCAUACUGACAGAAGCAGUGCUGUGUGCCUGGUACCUGGUGGCUUUCACACCAGAGGUGAUGACAGACUGGAGGGUGCUGCCCACCRAGGCACUGGUGCACUGCCACAUGCGCUCCUGGGUCAGCCUGGGCCUGGUGCACAUCACCAACGCCUCGCUGGCCUUCCUCUGCUUUCUGGGCACCUUCCUGGUGCAGAGCCAGCCUGGCCGCUACAACCACGCCCGCGGCCUCACCUUUGCCAUGCUAGCCUACUUCAUCACCUGGGUCUCCUUCGUGCCCCUCCUGACCAAUGUGCAGGUGGUCUACCAGCCUGCUGUGCAGAUGGGUGCCAUCCUCCUCUGUGCCCUGGGCAUCCUAGCUGCCUUCCACCUACCAAAAUGCUACCUGCUCCUGUGGUGGCCCAGGCUCAACACCCCUGAGUUCUUCCUGGGGGCAGGUCCUGGGGAUGCCAGGGACAGGGGCAGGAGUGGGAGUAGGGAGGGGCCUCAGGGAAACGAGGGACCCUUAACCCCACACCCUCAUACCUAG